GCUCGGGUAGCUCAGUAUCAGGCAAAGCUUGUAGAAAAUCCUGAAGUUACCUUACAGACCUGUCCCUCCCUUAACCCAGCUACCUUGUUACCGGAGACAGAGGAGCAGGAACACGACUGUUUGGAGGUCAUAGAUGCUCAAUACUCCAGCCGCCCAGACUUAAAAGAUCAACCCCUCCUGAAUGCUGAUUAUGAGUGGUAUACCGACGGCAGUAGUACAGUUGUAAAUGGGCAAAGGAGGGCUGGCUAUGCUGUUGUAUCUGUUCACGAAACUGUGGGAGCAGAGGGUUUACCUGCUGGGACAUCAGCCCAGCUGGCUGAAUUGGUAGCCUUAACCCGUGCACUUGAACUGUCAAAAGGGAAAAGAGUUAACAUUUUUACUGAUUCCAGAUAUGCCUUUGGAGUACUACACGCCCAUGCUGGUUUAUGGAAGCAACGAGGAAUGUUGACAGCUCAAAGCUCUCCUGUCAAACAUGGAUCCCAGAUUCUCCGGCUUUUAGAAGCAGUGCAGCUCCCCUCAGCAGUAGCAGUGGUACACUGCAAGGCUCAUCAAAAGGAAGAGCAAGAUGUGGCCAGAGGUAAUGCUAGAGCGGAUAGGGAGGCCAAGCGAGCUGCUACCCUCGAACCAUUGGAAGCUGAAGAUGCCCAUAUGCAUGCCCUCAUCCCAUCAGUGGGGGAGCUCCCGAUCCCUCAGUACUCUGGCGAAGAAAGGAACCUGGCAGGCAGGCUCGGUCUCCAGGAAAAAGAGGGGUGGUUCCACUCCCUGGAAGGAAAGAUCCUAUUACCAAAGGGCCUAAUUCGGCCGGUGUUGCAGCAGCUACAUCAAACCACUCACGCAGGGAGAGAGGCUCUCUCUCAGCUAAUGGGUAAAUAUUUUUUAACCUCUGGACUUAGGCCUCUGGCCUCCCAGGUGCAGGCUGAAUGUUUAGUCUGCCAGAAGAACAACCCUCGACCGGGAGUGUCAGUGUUGCCAGCCACUUUGGAGCCUACCCCAGGCCCGGGACUGGUUUGGCAAAUAGAUUUUACUGAGUUCCCCCGGACCCAAGGAUUCAGAUACCUCCUUGUCUUGGUAGAUCGAUUCAGCGGAUG